AUUCUCCUUUUCAAAACCCCACCACCCUGCACUAACUAGUCCCCAUCCAAUUUGAAUCCUCUUCAAAUUCCAACAUUUUUCCCCACACACGCAUCAUCACCAAAACAAACCUAUAGUAUUAAUAAUCGUCGCUGCAUUAUUUGUCAUUUGAAUUGGCAAUCAUGGAGGAGAAGCCGCCGCGGCCGCUUCUUCUGCAUGAGCUUCUGAAAGAGGAUCAAGAGCCAUUCCAUCUCCAAACCAUCAUUGCAAAGAAGCAAUCCCAACUCAAAUUAAGCUCAACCAACCUCUGCUUCCUCUCCUUCGCCGACUCUCCGGCGCAGACCCCAAUCCAAAAAAAGCCCAAGCCCAAGCCCAAACACCGGGCAGGGUUGGGCUUGCUUGGCUCGCUCCUCAAGCGGCUCAAGGAUCGGAGUAGGAACCGGAAGCGAGCCAUCGAGGUAAAUGAAAUUGGAGAAGAGAAUAAUAAUAACGAACAAGAUAAAUCGGCGUCGACCAGCAGCCGUGUUUCCGAGUUUUGUGUCGGCGAUGAGUCGUAUUUCUGCACGAGUCCUUUUAUACUCUCUUUCCACCAGAGCCCCUCCUCGAAUGGCCGCCGCACGCCGGAGUUGGACUCCCCCUGCCGCCACGUAAAACAGGAGAAGGAAAAUUCGGACAAUAAUCAAGGAGAUGAGGAGGAAGAGAAGGAGCAAUGCAGUCCGGUAUCGGUAUUGGAUCCUCCGUUUGACGAGGACGAGCACGAAAGCGGUCGUGCUAACGAAGAAGAUGAAGAUGAAGAAGACUACGAUAUGAAAUGCAGCUGCACGAAUGUACAGAGAGCCAAACAACAGCUCAUGCAAAGGCUAAGGAGAUUUGAAAAACUUGCAGAAUUUGACCCUGUUGAGCUCGAGAAGAAGCUGCAGCUGGAAGGAUCAGACGAUGAGGUCCAUUUGGAACGAGAAGGAGACGAGCCAUUGUCAGCCGACAUGAAGAGGCUCGUGUCUGAUCUCAUAGACGAAGAGAAGAAGCAGAUGGUUCAAUCGGGGGGCAGUGAAGUCGUGAUGGGACGAAUCUGCAACCGGUUGGAUUCGUGGAAGGCGGUCGAGUUUGACACCAUAGAUAUGAUGAUAGGAUUGGAUUUCAAGAAAGAGAUUGACGGAUGGAUUAAGCAUGGGCAGCAAGUGCACGAGACAAAAGUAGAAAUUGAGGUUGCAAUCUAUUUGCUACUAAUUCAGGAAAUAAUAGAAGAAUUUUGUUGAUUUAAAUUUCGAUUAUUAUAGGACUAGUUAUCUGAAUCUUGCAAUAAGUUAUUUAUUGUUUGGUAGCUUAGAUAAGACCAAGAUAUAUGAAUUAUAUGGGUUAUUAGGCUAUUUG